AUGAUUUAUGUGAUAGAUUGUGAUUAUAUGAUUGAUAUAUGAUAUAUAUAAUUUAUAUGAUUCUCUGUCCCGCCUGAAUUUUUUACUUAUGACUUAGAAAAUUGAGGCCUUGAAAGACACCAAGUUUGGUAGAGCCUUGAUUCAAACCUGUGUGUUCAAACCAAAUCCCCAACUUUUCCAUUAGACCAUUAAGGUGCCCCUGCUGGACUGCAGAUUCCACGUAGAUAGGUCCCAGGCCCUUUCAAGCUGUAAAUCUUAUCAAAACUUUGUAUUUCCUGCAUUGGAAGACAAAUUCUUUCCUCACAGAAAUUGGCACACAAUCACAUGAUAAAUGUGAUAUUUACUGACUUGGAUUCAACAGGAUGAGCAAUGUCAUGGAGAUAGGAAAGACAUACAGAAGAGAUCCCAAGAUGUAUGAAUCGAAGGCAGAGGGGAAUAUUAUAAGAAAGAUCUGUAAAGGGAGUUGGAGGGCCUUGAAUAUCAGGAAGAGCUGGGAUUUUAUCUGGUAAGCAAUAAGGAACUCUGGAGUUUGAAAGGUAUUGUCCCUCCCACAUCUGAAACACCUUUUUUUUUCCUAUCUUUUCUAUAACUCAGGAAAGUUACAUGAUCUAUCUUCCGUUGGUGGCUUCCUCUUGUCUUGAGAUUAGGCACAGGCUUGGUCAGCCACGGUGUUAUUUUCCAACUUGACAGGCUGCUGAUUGUUGGGCUGAUCAUUGGGACUUUUAGGUAGCUUCCUGGAAUUCCCUUCUACUUCAUGAAGGGACAUGGUCAUCCCUUCUUUUCUUCCUGCUCCCACUUAUCUUUCCCACUUUUGAGGAAGUGGAUAAAAGCCAGACAUCUCUGAAAAUUUGUCAACUCUAGUGUUCCCUGGAAAAUUAAUUGUUGUUGUUCCGUUGUGUCUGAUUCUUCAUGACCCCAUUUGGAGUUUCCUUGGCAAAGAAACUAAGUUGGCCAUUUUAUUCUCCAGCUUAUUUUACAAAUAAGGAAACUGAGGCAAAAAGGGUGAAGUGACUUGUGUGGGUCACACAACUAAGUAAGUGUCAGUCCAACUGAUCUGGUGGUUUGACCCAAGAGACAGUGAGACCAGGGUAAUAUAGGUUUAAUGGAGGAAAGAAGACGGGGGAGUCCAAUGCCAGGGCUUGGGGAGUUGUCUCACUCAGGUAGGGAAAUCAUGAGGUCUUAUAGCAUUGGGGGUAGGUUGUUGUUGGGAACCAUUAACCAUGGCAACCAUUGUUUGAUGGCCUGUUUCCUAGCUGGGGGUUGUUUGUUUCCUGUUUUUUAAGCUCAGUCCCCAGGUUUAUCAGUAAGUAUCCAAGGCUGGAUAUGAACUCGGGAAGCCGAGUCUUCCUGACUUCACCUCUAGCACUCUAUUCACCUAGCUGCCCCAUAGUAGAACUACCUAAAUUUUAGAGCUGAAAGAGAUGUUAGAAGGAUAUAGAAUGGCACCUUAGGAAAUGACAACAAGGGCCAUAAAACAGAAUGUUAAGUUGUAAGAGAGAUUAGGAUUUGAGUUACAGGGGCUAUUUUUAUCUCUGACUUGGAUGAAGGAAUUGUGCUUAUAAAAUUGUCAGAUGAUACAAGCCUGGGAGGCACAGCGAGUAUGUUGGACCAUAAAAUCAGGGUCCAAAAUAGUCUUAAUAGACUAGAAGAACAAAAUUGAAGCAAGAUCAAAGGAAAGCCCUGUGCUUGAGUUUACUGUUCAAAUUAAGUGAUGAGAGAGAUAGCCCUAGAAAGCAAGUCCUAUGAAAGGGAGCUGGAGUCUUAGUGAACUGCAGGCUUGAUUGAUAGGCGUCAGCAAUGUAACAAGGCACUUGAUCUUAUAAUGUCUUGUUAGAAUCAGAGCACAUGGACCAAAGCAGGAGCUAGUCCCUUUGUCUUCUGAGUUGGGACCAUGGAAGAAAGAACACCCUGCUGUCCAGGUACCACUCUGUUUCAUCAGGAAAGAGUUGGGGGGAUCACAUAUCGGAUCCCUGCACUGCUCUAUAUCCCCCCAACCCAAACGUUGCUGGCCUUUGCAGAGAAACGUGCUACAGUGAAUGAUGAUGAUGCUCUUUUUCUAGUGCUUCGACGAGGCCAGAGGAUGGGGCAGUAUGUGCAGUGGGGGCCUCAGGAGUCCCUGAUGGAAGCCACGUUACCCGGAUUCCGCACCAUGAACCCCUGCCCCGUGUGGGAGCAGAAGAGGAGGCAGGUCUUCCUGUUCUUCAUUUGCGUUCGCAACCACGUGUCUGAGCGGCAGCAGAUUUGCAGGGGGAAGAACGCGGCCCGCCUGUGCUUCGUCUCCAGCUCGGACGAGGGCCGUUCUUGGAGCCAGAUCAGGGACCUGACUGAGGAGGUCAUUGGGGAGGAGGUAGCGCACUGGGCUACGUUUGCUGUGGGGCCGGGCCACGGGCUCCAGCUGCAGUCCGGGAGGCUGGUCAUCCCGGCCUACGCCUAUCGCUUCAACCGCAUGGUGCGCUGCCUGGGGCACCCUCUCUGGGGUAGGGCCCGGCCGCACUCCCUGAUGUUUUACAGCGAUGACUUGGGUGCCACCUGGGAACACGGGCAGCUCCUGCAGUCCGGCCAGACCAUAGAGUGUGAGGUGGCAGAAGUGAUGAAUCCCGACGGCUGCCCCAUGUUAUACUGCAGCGCCCGGACCCCUGGGAGAUACCGGGCGGAAGCACUCAGUGCAGACCAGGGGGAACACUUUGGGAAGGUUUCCUUGUGCUGCGAGCUGCGGGAGCCCCGCCACGGUUGUCAGGGAAGCGUGGUGAGCUUCCAGAGCAAGACAUGCCUUCCGGUAGAAGUAGCCCCCAAUGGGGAGAACGUCUCCUCGGGCCAGCCCCCGACUCUGCCCGGCACUCCCCCAGAGGGGCAGGAUGGCGGCAAGCCCCCGGCCUCGUGGCUCCUUUAUUCACACCCCACGAGCAGUAAACGGAGGCUCAACCUGGGCAUCUAUCUGAACCGAGCUCCCCUGGAAGCCGUUUGCUGGUCCCAGCCCUGGAUCCUCCACAAGGGCCCCAGCGGCUACUCCGACUUGGCUGUCCUUGAAGAGGGCUUGUUUGGCUGCUUGUUUGAGUGCGGAGAGAAACACGAAACCGAGCAGAUCACCUUCCAGCUGUUCACGGACCAGGAGCUCCUCAAGCACAUUUCGGAAGACCGUUCAGGCUUGGACAGUGUCAGCAACUGGAGUGGAGACUAGCUUUAGCCGCCACUUCCUGGGUGAGAGCUAGGGAGACCCCAGCUGCCUGGCUCGCCUGCAGGGCGAUGAGGGCAAGUCACAGUACAGGCCAGCCCUUCUCUAUUGCCAAAACGUUUGCAAAGCGUUCUAUAGAUAUUAUCUCAUUUGACCCUUCCAACAGGCUCACCCAGUAGCUGCUGCUGUUGUUACUCCCAUUUUACAGGUGAAGACACUGAGGCAAACAGGGAGAAUUAGAGGUAACUAACUGUUCAAUGAAUUCAGUGGAUAAUUGAAACCCAUAUCUCUUCCCACUCUCUCUUUGCCCCAGCCUUGGUUCCUUUUGCUCUUGAUCCUCUUCCAUCUCUUGUUCAAGAGGCAGAAGGGACCGGUUGGCAUUUUGCCGAGGAAAGAAUGCCCAUUGGAAGUCAGGACUCCCAAGGCUGGGCCUUGCUCAGAGGCUUGUCAGUGUUUUUCUUCUCUCCGAGCCUCGGGGUCCUGGAGAGUUAAGAAGGAUAGACAGGAGCAAACACUGAUUGUUUGGGAAGAAAAGCAAUGAGCAAGUUGGAACAGAUGCUUCCUCCCCUCACCUAUGCUGGGAGAUGCAAGGGACCUGGGCAGACCUCUUACAUCUUCAGCAUGUAGAGACAGAAGGACCCGAGUUAAGUUAGCAAGUAUUUCUAUACCGGGUGCAGAGGGCUGCAGGGUGGCAGCUGGGUGGCUCAGUGGAUAUAGAGCUAAGCCUAGAGAUGGGAGGUCCUGAGUUCAAAUGUGGUCUCAGAUACUUCCUAGUGAUCCUGGGCAAGUCACUCAACCCCCUCCGCCUAGCCCUUCCACUCUUCUGCCUUGGGACCAGUAGAGUACUGAUUAAUUCUAGGGGGAAAGGUAUGGGUUUAAAAAAAAAGUAAUGGUUACAAAGAAACAUAAACACAAUUCCUGCCCUCAGGUAGCUCACAGUGUGAUGGAGAGAAGACAUGCAGAUAACUUUGGCCCAAUAGCUCUAUGCAGGAUGGACUGAAGAGAAUCACCGAAGGAAGGUUCUAGGAUUAAGGAGUCUGGGAAAGGCUUUUUGCAGAAGGCAGGGUUUUCAUUGAGACUUGGAGAAAGAUGGUGACAGAAGGAAGGAGGGAGAGAAUUCCAAGCAUGAGGGACAAUCAGGGACAGGGAGACAGAGUCCAGGGGUGGAAUAUUUCAUGCAAAUAACAGAAGGGAGGCAAGUAUCCCUGGAUUGUAGAGUAUAUGGAGGGAGAAGAAGGUGUAAGAAGAUUGGAAAGAGGUAGGAGCAGCUAGGUAGCUAAGCCAAUAGAGGGCCAGGUCUAGAGAUGGAAGGUCCUGGGUUCGUAUCUGGCCUCAGGUACCCCUUGGUUGUGUGACCCUGGGCAAGUCAUUUAACCCUCAUUGCCUAGCCCAUAUCACUCUUUUGCCUUGGAACCAGUACUUAGUAUUGAUUCUAAGGCAGGAGGUAAGAGUUUUUAAAAAGCUAGAAUAUGAAAAGCCUUAAAAUCCAAUGUAUUUUAUAUUUAAUCCUAGAGAUCAUAGGAAACUAGAUGGAGCUAGGUGGCACAGUGGAUAAAGUGCUGGGCCUGAAGUCAGGAAGACUCAUUUUUCUGAGUUCAAAUCUGGCCUCAGACACUUAUUAAUUGUGCGAUCCCUGGGCAAGUCACUUCACCCUGUUGGCCUCAGUUUCCUCAUCUGUAAAGAUGAGUUGGAGAAGCAAAUGGCAAACUAGUACCUUUGCCAAGAAAACCCCAAAUGGGGUCAUGAGAAGUUGGCCAUGACUAAACAACAGAUAAAAGACUUCAUCACGUACUGAAAAGGAAGGAAGAUUAAAUGAGAAAAUAUCCUCUUUGAGAAAGUCUCUAAAUAAUAAUGGUGGAAUAGCUGAUACUUACAUGGUGCUGCAAAGUAUGCCUAUAGGUACUUUUUGUUCAUUUUUUCCAGAUAUCAGUAAGCUAGGGAGGACAAGUGUCAUGUUUGACAAAUGAGGAGACUGAGGUUCAAAGAAAGGAAAUGACUUAUCUAAGGCUUUACCACUAGGAAGCAUAUCCAAGACUGGCACUGACACCUUUUUAAUCUAAGUCUGCACCCCUUUUUUACUAUACCACAAUAUCUCUUGACUCUGUUAGGGGCCAAGUGGACAAUCACCCCAAGGAACACACGGAGACAAUGCAAUUCAGGCAAGGGGAAGUUUAUUACUAGCAUGCUAGGGGAAGCUCAGCAAGUGAGUUCCGAAGAAGCCGAGUCAGAGUGGAGUUUAUAUUGGUUAAAGCAGUCAUAGUUGAGUUACUUGAUGGGGAAUGACAAUAUUUUUAGAAUAUUCUGUUAAUGAUUUUGGCUAGGUUGACAAUACAAAUGGGUGAUUAGCAUAACAAGUGGGUGAUAUUUGGACAGACAUGAAAGGUGGAAUAUUGUUGGCAUACCCAGGGGCUAGGUGGGUGACUGUUGGCAUACCCAAGGGCCCUGUUCUGUCAUCCCACACAUACCAGAGUGGAGGUUGGUUGGUUUUUUUACUGCAUAACAACUCAUUGCCCAAGUCCUUAGCCAUUUCCCAAUCUCACAAUAACCCCAGAAGGACAAAACAAAGGUAUGUAGGGAAAGAAUCAUCGUCUACACAUGGGCAAGGUCAUAUGACUAAGAGAUUUCAGAACUAGGGUAUGAGCCCAGAUCCAUUCCCAGUGUAAUGAACGGCUAUAGUUAGCCCUUCUAGAUCCUUGUGGGCAUGGCCGACUGCUCUGGGCUCCUGUCUAGCCCUGUUGUAGUUUCCGUGGCUUUAUGGUCCUUGCUCCAUGAUUUAGUGACGUUCCUAGCUGUUCCUUGUACCUGGCAUCACUGAAUCUCUUGCCGGGAUCCCAGCUUGGAUGUGUUUAUUUCUUGGCACCUCACACUCACAUAGCCCAUGUAGACAAAUCACUUCAGCUCCAGAUGUAUACACCACCCCCGCCAUGGCAAUCCGACUGGACCAUCUGUGCCCCAGCCUUACCAGUAGGUCUUAAGAGAGGUCUAGAUCUGGUUUGAUGGGGAUACGACUGGGGAUGCAGGCUCUAAACGAUCACCCUGGUGCAAAUAUCAAUAAUUUGGAAAUAGGUUUUGAUCAAUGACACAUGUAGAACCCAGUGGAAUUGUGCAUUGGCUACGGGAGCGGGAACGGUAUGAGGGGAGGGAAAGAACAUGAAUCAUGUAACCAUGGAAAAAUAUUCUAAAUUAAUUAAAGCAAUUAAAAAAAAAAAGAUAGGUGUAGAUCAGACCUUAUUUUAGGAGUAUACAGCCCUUCAAAAACCAGUCCUUGCCCCCAAAACAUCUCCCUCCUUACCUAGUCUCUGGCUUAAAAUUCUACCAUGAGAGAUCAGUCAGUCAGCAAACUUAUAUGAAGUGCUUACCCUGUACCAAGUACUAUCCUAAAAUAAAAAUGCAGACAAACACAGCAGUUCUGGCUCUCAAGAAGCUGAUGUGCUUUCCUUCUGGUCGGGAAGGCUUUCAUCUUCCCGAGGGCCUUGUUACAAUAUAGCAGACCCUCAGAGAAAUGAUAUACUUUUUCUUUAUGGGCUUUUUUCCCCUUUGGUGUCAGAAGUAGGUGUGGAAACCCCUUUUCCUGCUUCAGAUUUGCACCAGCUGCCUUGAGCACUAAGAGAUUAAGGGAUUUCAGCCAGCCAGUACACAUUAGAAGUGAUUUUCCUGACCAAGGCCAGCUUUCUAACCACCUGACUACACUGCCCACAAAGAGAAUCUUUUACAACGUCUACUUGAGUUGUGGCCAUUUCUAACAGAAUGCCAUCCUGACCCCUCAGACUCACUUUACCCAACAUAGAACUUGUCAUUGACCCCCAAAUCUUCCAGAUCUCCCAGUAUUUGCUGAUGGCAUCACCAACCUUGGAAACCUAAGGGUUGCUUGUGAUUCUUAACCUGUUCCCAAACCCAUACAUUUAAUUUUUUGCUUCUAAACCUUCAUCCUCUUCUGUGGUGUCUCUCACUUCCAAGACCCUUGGCUUGGAGCCAGAAAAACCUGAGUUCCAAUCUGGCCUCAGACAUUUUACAGGCUGUAUUAUCCUGGGCAAGAGACUUUAACCUCUUUGCCACAGUUUCCCUCUUUUGUAAAAUUGGGCUAAUAAUGACCCCUUCCUUACAUGGUUUUUUGUGACGAUCAGUGACAUAAUAUUUGUAUAGCACUUAGCACAAUGCCUGGCACAUAGUAGGCACUUAAACGCUUGUUAACUGGCUGACAUUCCAGCAAGAAGGGUAGAACUGAAGGAGCUGCAUGUGCCUUGUCCAAAGAAAGCCUCUCCACAGAGGCUGAUUGCUCUUCCUUCUGCUGCCCUGGACUGAAAAACGUGAUGCCCGAGGCCCCAGGACCUCCCUUAUUUCAUCCUUUUGUGCCAGGAACCUUGUCCUAGGCUUCUCUUGUGUGAGUUCAAGUGUGCUGUAAUAAAGAAAUUGAGCUUUAAACUUUAUCAGAUCAUUUGAGUCAUUUUUGAAGAUGUUUGCCAUAGUAUCUCAAGAAAAGGACAAGAUGCUACCAGAAUAAUUACUAAAAUGUAUGGCCCUGACCACAUCAUUCUCUAACAUUCUCUGUGGCUCCUUACCACCUAGAGAAUAAAUGUGUCUUCGCCUGGUGGUCUGGCUCCAAUUCAUUUUCCAUCCAAUUUCACGUUCAGCCACUUCAUCUGCUCUUUUCAUUCAGAUAAUCUCCAAUUCGAUUCUGCCUUUUCUGCUUCUCUGUAUUCAUGCCAACUCUCCUGCUUCCUCCUUGUCCAUUAAAAAACCCUUUUCCUUUAGAAUCCAACUAAGAGAUCACCUUCCCCAUGGAGCCUUCACUUCACUUUCAGUCUCCAGCUGAAAGGGAUUUCUCCCUUUGCUUAUUUUCUUAGAGCAUCUUCUCAGACCCUGCCCUUUACCUCUUGAACAUUCUAGAGUAUGUUGUAGUUAAUUGGUUUUAUGUCAGCUUUUUGUUAGAUUAUAAACUCCUUGGGGUCAGAACUGCAUCACUUUUCCAUUUUUAUUUACUUGACUCUGAUGAUGCAACCUUAUGUAUAACAGCAUUUUUUUUAACCAAUCACAUGUAAUACAUUUACACAUACGUUUUUUGAAGUUCUAUGGUCCAAAUUGUUUCCUUCCCGCCUCCCUUCUGGAGCUGGCAAGCAAUUCGAUCUGACAGCAUUCUUGUCCAAUAGCAUUGAGCAGAGAUUGAAGAUAUUUUAGGAAGAAAGGUGGCAACUGGCCAAAAUUCCUAGGUGACUAUGGGCAGGCAGGAAUGUAUAACAGAAAGACUGGGCACCAUCCUAGUCAAUUAGAUGUGGAAGGGACCUUAGGAAUGUGGUCCAACUUCCUUAUUUUAUAGAUGAGGAAAGACCAGUUUAGUUUGUGCCUCUCCUAUUUAAGUUCUUGAUUAUAGGAUAUAGAAAUGGAGUGAACCUUUGAUUUCAUUGAUGGAGGGACCUCCUGGAUGAGGAAAUUCCUUCUAACACUGCAGAUUGACUUCUUUCACAUUGAGAUGGGAAAGUUACUUGUCCAAGUCACCCAGUCAAUUUGCAUCCAAAACAAGACCUGUAACCCAGAAAACUGCCUUCCUGAAUCUAAGGCCAAGCCAUCAUUCUGCUGUUCUCUGUUCUGUUGUGUAUUAUGAUUGCAUAUACAACAAUGUAUACAUCAAAAAUCUGGGAACAGAACCCGGGUCUUCUGUCUUCUAGUCCAGAGACCUUUCACUAUAAAGGAUGUCCCAAAAGUCUUUAGUGCAAUUUAAAGACUUUAAGUUUAAAACUACAUAAAGACUUUGGCCACACCCUAUACUAGAUUGCUUAAAGAAAAACAAAACCUUAACUUUUCUCUUUGUAUUAAGUCUAAAACAGAAGAGCAUUGAGGACUAGGCAAUUGGGGUUAAGAGUCUUGGCUAGGGUCACACAGAACAUUUCAGAGGCCUUAUUUGAAUGUAGGUUCUCCCAAUUCCAGGCCUGCUGCUCUAUCCACUGAGGCACCUAACUGUUCCUAGACUGCCUUUUAAGUCAAGUAACUUAAAAGCUCUCAAAAUCUAGUCCAAUCAAGAGAAAACUAAUCCAUGUAGGGUCAGUUUAUACUCUUGCCUCCCUUUGGAAUCCUAGAUGUUGGCUUAGAAAACUUUCAAGUGUGGUGUCCAAAUUUAUCGCACAUCAGAAUGUUAUAGAGAAAGGCCUGUGCUUGCACUGAUUGCAAGGAUUUUGAGUUUUGACUGAUCUAGACCCUCUCUAGUCCACCGUGGGAAUUGGGCAUUUCCACACUAUAAGAGGGUGAAAAGGCUCCCACCAAAACUCGAGCUGAUCUACCCUCCCCGACUCCACCUACAGAGCCAGAGUCAGAGCCAGCAUGGGCUAGAAUCAGUGAGUGAGCAAGGGGCACCUCUAGGUCCUUUCUAACCCUAAUCCUAACCCUAAAUACGUUUCUAACCCUAACCCUAAAUUCAUUUCUAACCCUAAACCCUAACUCUAUCUCCAUCCCAUCCCCAAACAGUUUGAUAUUUCAUUGUCUUGAAAUUAUUAGAUUAAUUGGUAGCAAUUAAUUAAUUGAUUAAAAACUCAAAGUCCCAAAUCAAUGUCUAGGCUAUGCCAUCCCCUUUCCCUCUAUUUAAUUGAAAAUCUGUUACCCUAAAAAAAGAACUACAUUUCCCAGGAGCUCACUGACUUCCUGUCAUUAUGUACUUCCCAUAGACAGGGGAUAUUAGAUGGGGAUGUGGAGGGUCCCGCCCUCUUUGGCAUCUUGGCUCAAUGGUGGUGAGUGGGAUUUUCAACAGGCUGAUCAGCCAUGGGCAUAUGGUCUUUUAUUUUGUAUCCCUCUUAUUCUUUUAUUCCUAAUGAUCAUUAAUAAAUCCCUUAAGAUAUAAUAUUUUAUUAUUUGAUAUUAAUUUUAAUUUUUACAUCUAUGGCAAACAGAAGUUGGAAAAAAUUCUCAAUCUUUUUAAGAUAACCUAGAUAAAAAAAAAAAAUUAUCUCCUGCCAAGGCUUUUUGCCCACCCCAUCCACCCACCCUCACAAACUCCAAACUCUCUUUGUAGCUAUUGCCUUUUUUCCCCUACUUUUUGCCCUGUUGUUCUCCCUACUGGCCAGGUCAUUUUUAACAAGGGAACUCUUGGUGAAGAGGAGAUAAGUCACUUCUCUCGCCCCUCUGCUUGAGCCCAUGUUAAUCAGUUCCUCACUGCUGCCUCUGGCAUUGCUGCCCCUGAUUCUGCUUGCUCCGGCUCCUGAUCUUCUUGAUCCCGGUUGCUCUUCCUCCUGCUCUGGCCCUAGCUCCAGUCCCAGCUGGUCCCAGACUGUUGGUGUAUCUUUGGAACUCACAAACUUGGAGCCACUCUCUGGGCAACUGGUAAAAACCAGGGUGUAUUUUCCUUAGGCAACGAUUCGCCUCCUAACUUCCUCUCCAUGUGGAUGGGGAAACAAACUGCUCCCUAGCAUUUUACCUCAGGGGGAAAUGAGAAGGGAAGAAGGAAGUUACUCUUCUAAAAAAGAAGUAAAUAACAAGCAUGGUGCAUUCUAUGAAAGAGCAGUGCAUUACCUAUCUCAAACAGCUUCUACCAUUCAUGAGUGCACUGAUCCUUUCACUUAUCUUACCUGAGAUUCAGGGGAGAAAUUCAUCUCCCUACAACUCUUUGCCAUUUGGGCCUGCCCAGUCUCUAAGAUUCAUCCAAUUUCAGAUUCCUUCACACUUUGCUCAGCAAGGAGUUCUCUCUUGCUAUGGGAGAUCCAAGCAUUCUGACAAAAGUACUCUGAAUGGAUAGAGAAAGGAAUUUUAAAGAGACUGGGGGUGAAAAUUUUAAACCUUUUUGGACUCUAUUUUUUUUUAAUGAAAGUCUCUGUAUUUUAUUGUAUUUUGCUGACUGUUUUAUUUAAGAUUUAAUUUUGUUGUUUUAAGUUCAUAUGUUAAUAUAUCCAAUACUAUUCUGUUACACUGAAUCAUUUUAAUCUACUGUGUUUUAACUACUGUUAUAUUUUGUUACCUUUCCCCAAUGGCUACUGAACAAAAUAUUGUAAAAGCCCCCCCAAUUUUUUUCCAUUUGUUAAUUGUCACAUAGAUGAUGAAUGGACUCAACCUGGCUAAUGUUAAAUUUUUAUUGGUUGGACUGGAUAUAUUUAAUAUGUGGUCUCCAGGAAUUUAAUUUCUAAAAUCCCAAAAUGAAUGACUAAACUAAGUGGAAUUUAUGGUAGUUUAUUUACAAUAGAGAGAAAAUAUUAAGGGAGUGAGAAAAGGGUAGAGAAGGAGAGAGCUCUGGCAUCCUCAGAGCCAGGUAGAAAUUCUAAGGUCCUAAUCAGGGAAAGGGAGUUUCAAGAUGAUGGGCCUUUCUUGGAGGUUCUCACCUCCAGAAAGGCAGGGAAACUAAGUCAGCCUUUCAUUCACCAACGGUGACCAUCUAAAAGGAAAGUAGUCUGAGGUCUGUAAGGAUAAUUUUAGUGUUUUGUCUUAAAAUCUAAGUAAGUGGUAGCCUUGGGAAAUCCCCAAAUAUGAAAAUACCCAAGUCAGCUGGGAUUUAUGGAGAUUUUAAUUAAUAAAGAAAGAAGGAAUUAAGGGAAGGGGGAGAGAGAGGGGGGGAGUCAGUCUUAUUACUUAUUAUUAUUAAGGGAGAGCAAGUCAGUCUUAUUACUCACCCCAAGACUGUCUCCAAGCAAGCUCCAGUCCUCUACUGAAUCUCCUGAACUCCAAUUAGCCUGAACUGACUUCUUACCCUUCCUUUUAAAGAAACUUUUCUCCUAAAUUUUCACAUCUACCAAUCACAGUAGACGCUUUUUUCCAGGACUGCCCAUUCUUAGUUUUCACCACUCUUUAGUUCACGCCUUCUCUGGUUAGAUUAUAUUUUCUGAGUAUUUCAUACCUCUUUGUUAAGCUUGUCUUUUGUAAGUUACUUGACCUUUUUGUGACUAAUUUAACCUUUACAGGUACUUAACACCUUUUUGUAUUAGAUCUAAAAAUAGACCUAUCUUAAGGUUCUAGUUUCACAGUAAGGCAUGAGUUAGGACUUUCAUUGUUCAAUUAGGAGUUUAUAACUUUAUCUUCCCCUAAGGCACUGUCUGAGUAUGGUGGCAUAAUUUAAAAGUUUCCAAUACAUUCCUGAUUCUUGUUAGACCAAGUAUCUCCAUUGUUACAAUAAGGGGAUAGUUUAAAUCAAAUCUUCUAAAGUACAGUCUGAGCAGUUUUUAAGAUUCACAGGUCUCAUGCAUGAGCUCCUCCAGGGGUCCAGUUCCACAGCCAAGUUCAAGUAUCCAUCUUCCAGUCUCUCCUCCAAGUCAUUCUUCUUUCCUCUAUCACGAAUCUCGAAUACUCAAAUAUCACAAAUCUCGAAUUUCUUCAAAUGAUCCUUCUGGCUUCUGUGGUCCUCUUUUUAAAGAUCUUUUCUCUAGUGUCACCUCCCCUAAAUUUCACAUCUACCAAUCACAGUAGACACUCCUCUCCAGGAGUGCCCACUCUUUAGUUCACACCUUCUUUGAUUAGAUUAUACCUUUUUUGGUUAGAUCACACCUUUAGUAGUUUGCACCUUUAAUAGUUAGUUCACCCCUUUUUGUACAUUAAAAUGGGUAGAUCUACUUCAAAUUCUGAGUUACUACCUUUUGGGCAUUAAAAUCUUAAAAUAGAUUGUGGAUUACAAUUCAAUCUUCCCAAUAAAGGAAGAGCUAAGUACCUUCAUUGUUACAAUCAGGGGAGAGUCAAAUUCAAUCUUCACACUAUCAACCUUUGAAGAAUUUAAUGAGCUAAAUAUCUAAAAUUGAUUUUUAAGGGUUCUUCAGACAUGAUAGUUAGUUUUUUUUCCAACAACUCUGAUUGAUCAUUUUGCCUGCCUCUGAAUUAUUUGUAACAAGAGAUAAAGAGUCCAUUUUAGUAGUUGAAGUGAAGCACUAUUUUAAUCCCCACCCACCUCUGCAUCUGUAAAAAUGUGAAUGGAUAGGGCAUAACAGUCUCAUACCAAAGGAACUGGGAAGUUGAUCCCAGGACAUGGUAUCCCUGGAUGGCUCCCAAGAGGGAGCAUCUCUCAUUUGUAACUCCUCAGAUUACUUUACCCUUACACCAGAAUGAUCUAGAUUCUUGGUGACAUUUUUAAACCCAAAGUCAACAGUACAGAGGUUUGGUUUUUUUCUAAACUCCUCUCCUAUAUUUUGUAAUGAUGGCAGUAUUAAAAAAAAAUCUCAGCCAAGGUUGAAACAUUGCUACACCUGAAAAACUUGUGACAAGUACCCAUUAGUGCCAGAGCCAUCAUACCCCAACCGUUUGACAAGGUCACAGUACAAGGAAGGAAGGUCAGCAAAGCAGACCCCAGAAUGAGGGCUCCCUGCUGAUCCCCAUUUGUGACUUUUUUCCCACUAAUGGACUUGUUACGAUUAUUAUUCCCUCCCCAAUACAGGAGAAAUAACAUGAGAGCAAAUACUUAUAGGAUCAAUAAAUAUAUACCCUACUUUAAGCCCCCUAGGUUAUUACCCCCAAAAGAUUGCAAUUACAGAAUAAAAGCCCAAAGAUUACUGCAGAUGACCCCUCUUUUCUCAAGCACAAAGGCCCUACAAUAAACACCAACUGAAAGGUUGAGUACUGUAAUGAAUCUUGUCCUAUAGUUACCACACUCGAAUGAAUUUGUUGGAACAGAAGCCAAGCAGCAUCGCUAGGCAUUUCAAAGAAACACAAGAAAAACAGAAUUUGUAAAUUGAGGAAAACACCAAAAUUGGUCUGCCUAAAAUCCUCAUACCUAGAUAUGAAUAUGUUUUUUUGUUCAUCACCCAAGCAAUUAUGAUGGAUAGUGAAAAUUGAGCAAAAGCACAAUGAUCCUCAGCAGGUCAAGGGGUACUAACCUACAAAUGGCUUUAUUCACAUUAAUCAUAUCUAUCACAGAGUGUUGUAGAAAUCUAGUAAAUGAUCACAGAAUUCUUUGUUGUAGUAACAUCACAAGAGUGUUGUUUAGGUGAUUCGAUAAUAUUCAAUCAAACUGUAGAAUGUCACAUACAUAGUGAAUUGAUUAUGUGUGUGUGUACCAAAAACCUAUAUAAUAAAAAGAAAUAACAAAAUACCAUGGUACUAUGGCAGAGCACUGUGUGUGAUGCCUGUGUAUGUGGGCUGAAUGCAUGGUGUAUCACAUCUCAUUUAUCUGACUGUGAAAUCAUACUUGGGCAGACAGACCCUGGUCCUCAGAGAGGCCGCUGGACAGACCUCUGGACAUUAGUUUUAAAUGUAACACAGCAGACUCAUGUGAAUCCUGAUGAUAAUGAGUUUGUUUGCUAUUGUAAUUAAAUGGGCUAUUUUAACUUUAGGAAUUUUAAUACUUUUUGAAUGUUCAUUCCUGUUGCACUACUGUUCUUUAUUUUAAAAACUGUUACUUUGUGAAAAUUACUUGCACUCACAUAGAGUGGAUCAUGACUAAGUUUGAAGAGGAAUGGAUCUCAUUUUUGGGUGAGAAACCUUUGUACUCUACCUUUUCUUAGCUGACACAGUAUGUCAAUGAUUGUAAGCUAUAUAUUUUUGAUUUUUAAAACUUUUAUUAUUGUUUUUGCUUGCAUGUAGUCUUAUUUUUCUCUCCUUUUUGUAUUUGAAGCACAUGUCAACAGUAUUGAGAAGAUUUUUCUUAAACUUUUUUGAUUUUGCAUUAAUAUAAGUUAAAAUAUAUAUUUGCUAUAAUAUUAAUGCACACCCCAAAGCUUUAGACUACGAAAACCUGACAUUUAUUGAUAAAUGUUUGGGACUGUGAUUAACGAUUGUGUCUGAUUCUAGGAGAAGGGAACAAAAGAGCCAUUAUACAGUGCCAAGAAGCACAAGGUCAAGGAGACCAACCAAUCCCAGUGGAGUUGAUGAAAAUUUGCAGUGCCAAGAGGCACAAGGUCAAAAAGGACCAAACCAGUCCAAGUAGGAUUGAUGAACUUCUAAGCCAAUAUGAAAGGACUUGUACCUAGUGUGAGACUCAAGGUUGUGGAGCGUGACAUAUGUUAAGAUGCAGGACACCUUGUAUCCACACUCUUUGUGAAAUACUCACAGGUACUGGCUUCCCCUAUCCCUGAGAGGGAAGGUAAAUCAGACCAGGGGAUUACACUUCUCUAUCACACAAAAAUCUAGUCCUUUUUUCUCUCUUAUAGUAUGGCAACUUCUUGACUGCAAAAGGGUAAGUGAACUAUUACUGCAUUUGUCCUACAGACUUGUGGGAUAGAAAUUACUUUAAUUGGACCCUGAUUCAAGGACCUGUUAUAGGUUUAUUUUCCUUUACUUACAUUUUUUCACAUUAGACUUUGAUAGUUUAUAUUUCAUCCAGAAGUUAUAUUUUCUCUUUUAUUUGGAUUUUUUUGAUGUUUUUGAUUUCUCUUGCCAAUUGAUUCAUACACCCCAUAACUCAGCCAUUCAUCACUAAGUGAUCCCUGUGUUUUUCAACACCCUCAUCAGGGGAGAAUGUAUUAUUAUUCUAAAUUUUAAAGUUUAAAUUCUUUUUGAGAGUAAUUUUAGGUUAAGAAACAUGCUACCUCUCCAAAUCCAGAAAAUGAACUCUUUGGAGAAGGCACCAUGAAGAUACCUCCACAGACUACAUGCUGCAUCAGAAGAUCCAGAGUUAACUUUGGGAUGUGGUGAUCUGAACUGUGUGGGGUUAAAUGCAAUUGUUUUGUCUGUAUACUCUUAUGCCAAAGGGGACUUCCCCUAACUGACUUUUUGUCAAUGUGCCUAGCAAUCAUUGGUUUUCUUCUCUUUUUCUUUUAUCUCCAAAUUAUUGUAAUUUAAAAGUGGAUUAUGUUUACAAGAUCCAUUGGAGAGAUCAGUCUUCCACAGAUCUUGGGGGGGGAAUGUAUGAUUGAAAAUCUGUUACCCAAAAAAGAACUAUAUUUCCCAGGAGCCCACGGACUUCCUGUCAUUAUGUAAUAACUGUAUAGACAGAGUAUAUUAGGUGGGGAUGUGGAGGGUCCCACCCUCUUUGGCAUCUUGGCUCAAUGGUGGUGAGUGGGAUUUUCAACAGGCUGAUCAGCCAUGGGUACAUGGUCUUUAUUUUGUAUCCCUCUUAUUCCUUUAUUCCUAAUGUUCAUUAAUAAAUCCCUUAAAAUGUAA